ACCCUGUACCUGUACUUGUUCCCAUCACGUAGCUUCAUGUUCAACACGAUCAAGUAAAGCUUAUACUGAUUUUACCCUUAUACGCCCGCGAAUUGGAAAUUUCAUCCCCAAAGACAUAAUACGAUCCGUGAAUAUACGAUAUGGCCAAGACGCCGGCUACUAAUACAUGGGACCCAGUGUUACUAAUCUCGCAGAUCAUCUCGAUGCAAACUUUGCACUAUUUAACAAUGGCCAUGUUGUUGCCUCCUUUGCUUACAAUAUUUGCAGAGCCGACUUCCUUGGAAUACGAAGGCGGGGCGUCUAACGUCGGUAUGAUCAUGGAUUGGAGGCAGAUGGCUGGUAGGCCCACCUCACGCCAGUCCUCAACCGAUGUAGCGUGGCGUGUCUUGAAUGCCGUUUGGAGCGGAGGGAAACAAGUCGGCACGGAAGAUGCUACUGGUGACGAGUGGGAUGGUCGGAUAGACCCUAGGAAAGGAUGGAUAAUCGCUGUAUGCUGGAUGUUGGCAUCGACUGCUGACAUUUACUACCUCUACUCUCUAAUUCGACGGCCACGCCUCAUCCUCGAUUUCACGCUGACUCUGAUAUUCAACCAUCUCGUCCUGACGACAUACUAUUCGAAUGCUCUGCCUGCCUCCUGGUUUUUCUGGGGCGUCAUGGCCGCCAGUGCCUGUCUCACGGUGGUCACGGCCGAACAGCUGUGUGUCAAGAGGGAGAUGUCGGAAGGACUAGCCGUAGUACCCGUCGAUCCCAAUGCAGACGAGAUGGAGAUGGGGAGUCUGCUAAGAGAAGAUUAAUUGGUGCGUGCUUGGUCACGUUCCAAAUACCCUCCCGCAAUCAUCCUCAUCGAUUGUAUUCCAAGAUAUCCCCGAAAGUAUCGUACAUAUGCCUACUUAGUUUGUAAUGCGGAGCGCUCGAUGAUAUCGCAGGACGCUGGCAUUGCGUUGGAUCCCAUUGCUUACCGCCCUUAUUCAGAUAGACGUUUGCGCAAAUUGAUGUGCGUUUCGCUCGGGCGUCGAAUUUAAGCAUAGUUCCGCCUUCAUCGCAUCGAAAUCAUUACUUACCACGUCAGCCCAGAUAUGUUAGAUAUAUAUUUCAAUUUGUCCGAUUUGGUAUGACAGAUCGAUAUUUGGCAGGGCCCUGUCUAUGGACCAUUGAAGAUCUACGUCUCCAAAAGAUGCGGUUUGGAUGGUGAGCACCUUGCGCAUCU